CCUGCCCAUGGUUGCCUAUGCGGAGAAGGUAGCGCGCGGAGCGAUGUCGAGAUCUGAUGAGGAGGAGAGGGAUUUCCGGGGAUUCUCUCGAUUUGACAGUCCAAGUAGCUCAGCCGGAAACAGUGAGCUCGAGUCCUGGCAGGAGGAGGAUGAACCAUCUGAGGGAGAAGUGGCACAAGAUGAGCAGAGUAUUUGUCUAGCUGAUGUGAAUCCAUAUAUUUUGUGUCCUGUCUGUGGAGGCUACUUUAUUGAUGCAACCACCAUCACAGAAUGUCUGCACACAUUCUGUAAGAGCUGUAUUGUGAAACAUUUUGAGCACAGCAACCGCUGUCCGAAAUGCAACAUUGUUGUCCAUCAGACACAACCGUUGUAUAACAUAAGACUGGACAGAAAACUACAAGAUAUCGUUUAUAAGCUCGUGCCCAACUUAGAAAGCAGUGAAAAUAAGCGACUUCAUGAUUUCUACCGAGAAAGAGGACUUGCGGUUCCCAGGCCAGUUGUCCAGGUGCCCAGCAAUGGUAAAGUGAGCCGUAUCCAAUCGUUGGAUAAGAAGCUGGCAUUACCCAUGGUUCCCCUGGACAGUCCAUCAUCGCCUCAAAUCGAGAUCUCAUUGGUGCUCGAAUUUAUCGGAGCUGAUCUUGGAGUUGGUGACUACAAGCCACUGCAAAAGAAAUACAUUCGUGUGUCAGAGGAGGCAACUAUUCGACAUGUUGAAAAGUUCAUUAGAAAGAAGCUGGAAUUGGACCCAAUCUGUCAGGUAGAUAUCAUCUGCGGAAACAAGAUCUUAGAACAUCACCAGACCUUGAGGCACAUUCGAAGCACUGUAACCCACAGCAGCAUACGGGAUGGUUUACUCAUUCUACACUAUGGACUCGUGCGAUCUCAGAAAUGAUGGUGGAUUCUCUCCCAUUAUCAAACUGUGUUGAUUUGGCAUCAAACAUAAUAGAAUGGAACACAUGUUCUGUGGUCUACUUGGAAUUUGCACUGAUCAGCUCCAGAGUCACUGGGGUUAGAGUCUGCAGGGCCAGCUUUGAAAGGAUGGCCUCUUGGGGAUCACUACUGUAAUUUGGCAAAACAUUACAUCCUGUUGGUUACCUUAAUCUUAUUCACUGAGCCUUGUAUUCCUGUUCAUACUCUGCAGCUGUUUAUGUGCCUGUAGUUUUGCAUCCUGCUGAGCUUGUACUACUGUAGGUUACUUAAAAUAUUUGUAUGUGACACCAAUAUUAUCAGACAGCUUUUAACUGCACACAAUGUUCAUUGAAAUGAGCUGUGAUAUUAGAUCCUGGCACUGACCACUACUAACUUAGAACCAUAGUAAUGUCACCUCUUGACCAACUGUGACACACGACUGCUGACCAUUAUAAUGUCACAUGUUAUCACUGACUGCUGGGAUGUUCUAGUAUUGACCACUGUGAUGUCAUAUCUUUUAACUGCCUGCUGUGAUGUCACAUCUGAUACAGAUUGGUGAUAGUGAGACUGCAGUAACACAAAUUAUUUGCAGUGACUGGAGCUGAUAUCAACACUAGGGCCUUUUGCCUUUGUUUAGAGAACUUUGUGCAUUUUUUGAACAGUUCAGAAGAGUUUUUAGAUAUUUUUCACCAGUUUGUUAAAUCUUUUGCUGAAUAAUAAA